AUGGCACCCGAAAUAGACAAUGGAGGGCACCGCACCGGCCCAAUCGACCUCCCCCCCCGCCCGCCGCCCGCCCCAGCGACAAUUAAUCAUCCCCCUUCCACGGAGUGCCCGCUUGCUUGUAGCGUUGUCACAGAAAAGGCGGUCAUAGCACUGAGAGUGACAUCACGUCAGGAGUUGCGCUCUGAGCGAUCGCAGAUCGAAUUUCAAGCACGUUUAAUGACUCCCUACUCUCGAAGCCCCAAGUAUCGAGGAUUU